CUUUUUCUGUUGUUACGCCCUACCUCGUCGCACAACUUCUAGACUCUACACACGCAUCACACUUGCUAACCAGAAAGCGAAUCCAGUGCUUUGAUAAAGCACCCCUAGGUCCGUCGCAGUUGCGUCCAAGCCCAUGGCUCAAUUUCUGUUGCAGUUCAUAGUUUCGGGGUCUCCUCUGGUUAGAGCCUUUCCCAUUCCGGUUUGAUUUUUCUCCCAUAGAUUCGUUCACAGGUGAAUAAACACAAUUCACUGUGGAGUUUGAGUCUAAUUCCUGGUUCUUCAGGUCAUCCCGGCUCCCAACCGGCCGGGAUAAGGACGGAUGCCUGGUACCCGCGGUCCCACACCAAGCACGCCAACACUCAACGUUGCCCGUCGCAGCUACUGCGCACGCGUUGCUCCCUUGCCAAGGAGUGGGCGGGGAGUGGGCGGAGCGGGUAUCUCCAGGGCCAAUCGAAAGCGAGCGCCCCCGCCCUCCCGGCCGGUGGACCUAGCUUGACCCCGGCGGUGGGCGGAGGAGGCGGGGCCAGCCGCGCGGCCGCGGAGGGGGCGGGGCCCGGAGCCUGGAGGCGGAGCCUGGGGCUGUCAGUCCCGGGCCCGCCGCCGCUGCCGCCGCGGUUCCUUACAUGCUGUGGCCCGGGUGGCUGCCAACGCUGCCGCCCGCUGCCCGCCGCCCUGGCAUCCCGAGGCGCCUCCCGCCGUGCUGGCCCGGAGCUCAGGUGUUCAUGAAAAAAAUGCACAAAAUCCUGACUGACCGGAAUAAUUCAUGAAGAAGGGGCUGGAUCCGUGGGUCAGAGAACACAGGACCAGUUUGCCAUCCCAAGGCCGAAGGUCUCCCUCCAAUACAGUCCUCCAAGCUCUUAGAAAUCUCUGACACAUCUCGACCAUGAGACCACAGCUAGCUUCCGGCAGGGACUCUCUUGAAUGACAUUGAAAGUCCUGGUUACCAUGACAACUCACUGGAGGAGUUUUCCCAUCUAGUGACCUCACCCACCUGGAUCUCAGAAAGCACAACUACGCCAGGGCGGCCAGAACUGGAGGCACAAUAACGAUUCGAGACACAAACCUGGCAGCCUCAAACUAGUUCAUGGAGGAGCCUCAAGAGAUCCUGGACAAGCAAGCUCUCCCUUCCGAAGGGAAGAGCAGAGCGUGAGAGGAGGGCGGCUGCAGCAGGAGUGGACAUGAACGCUGGUUUUCAAAGAGAACAGCGUUUUAGUUUUGGUCAUCGAAAGUGGUGCCUUCAGCACAGAAGAACGUGAAUUCCCCUCCAACGCGGUGAUCUCCAACACAGGACUAAAGGGAGAGAAGAGGCCAGACAGAGCCGCCCACGGCAUCCAGUGUGGCUUCUCUCGUGCCAGGACCAGGGAUGACUGGGCCAUGCGCACAGACGUCCCCAGCCUUCAACACUUCGCAUAGCACACAGGGGACUCGUGGGGGGCCACUUGCCACUGCCAACUGAAACAAUACGAUGGCAACAUUGACGUCCUUCACGACGUUUCCACGACAGACAUUCAGGCGGAAAGUGCAGGUGCAUUUUCUGUCUGCAAAGUAGAGGGCCAUGCCUCACCACCGUGAAUAGAUUGAGCCCUGAUGACCUGCUCUGAGUCCGCUCACAGCCAGUGACACUUGCAAAAAAACUCCCAAAGCUGUCCUGGGUUUGACUUCCUCAGCUCUUGACCAAUGUGGCCAAAGCCAGACGCCUCCUUGGGACACUUGGAUUAUUCAUAAAUGCAGCCCGCCCUUACCCUCCCAGAAUAGCAUCUGAAGUCUCCGUGGAGGUCAUGGAUCCUGAACAAAGUGUCAAGGGCACCAAGAAGGCUGAGGGAAGUCCCCGGAAGCGGCUGACUAAAGGAGAAGCCGUUCAGACCAGUAUUUCAGCCAGCGCCCCCUACCCAGGCAGCAGCACGGCCGCCACCCCUGAGGGCCCCCUCCAAGAGCUCCUCGCCCCGCAGCCCUUCCCGGGCCCCUCCUCGUCAGUUCUUAGGGAAGGCUCUCAGGAGAAAAUGGGCCAGCAGCAGAAGCCUCCCAAGAGAUCCUCCAUCGAAGCCUCUGUUCACAUCUCGCAGCUUCCACAGCACCCUCUGACACCAGCAUUCAUGUCGCCCGGCAAACCUGAGCACCUCCUGGAGGGGUCCACCUGGCAGCUGGUCGACCCCAUGAGACCUGGACCCUCCAGCUCCUUCGUGGCUCCUGGGCUCCAUCCUCAGAGCCAGCUCCUCCCUUCUCAUGCUUCCAUCAUGCCCCCCGAGGAUCUGCCUGGCAUCCCCAAAGUCUUUGUGCCCCGUCCCUCCCAGGUCCCGUUGAAGCCCAUGGAAGAGGCACACAAAAAGGAGAGGAAACCCCAGAAGCCAGGCAAGUACAUCUGCCAGUACUGCAGCCGGCCCUGCGCCAAGCCCAGUGUGCUCCAGAAACACAUCCGCUCACACACGGGCGAGAGGCCCUACCCCUGUGGCCCCUGCGGCUUCUCCUUCAAGACCAAGAGUAACCUCUACAAGCACAGGAAGUCCCAUGCCCACCGCAUCAAAGCCGGCCUGGCCUCGGGAGUGGGCAGCGAGAUGUACCCCCCGGGGCUGGAGAUAGAGAGGAUCCCCGGGGAAGAGUUUGAGGAGCCCACCGAGGGAGAAAGCACCGAUUCAGAAGAAGAAACAGGCACCACCACAUCCACUCACCCUGCAGAGCUCUCCCCCAGGCCUAAGCACCCCCUCCUGUCCAGCAGUUUGUACAGCUCUGGGAGCCAGGGCUCCAGCCACGAACGCUGUUCCUUGUCCCACUCCAGUUCAGCCCAGUCGCUUGAGGACCCCACACCAUUUGUAGAACCCUCAUCAGAACACCCCCUGAGCCAUAAACCCGAAGACACCCACACCAUAAAGCAGAAGCUGGCCCUCCGCUUGAGUGAAAGGAAAAAGGUCAUCGAUGAGCAGGCGUUUCUGAGCCCGGGCAGCAAGGGCAGCACCGAGUCUGGGUAUUUCUCCCGCUCCGAGAGCGCCGAACAGCAGGUCAGCCCCCCAAACACCAACGCCAGGUCCUAUGCCGAGAUCAUCUUUGGCAAGUGCGGGCGGAUCGGGCAGCGGACCGCCAUGCUGACGGCCACCUCCACCCAGCCCCUCCUGCCCCUGUCCACUGAAGACAAGCCCAGCCUGGUGCCUUUGUCUGUGCCCCGGACGCAGGUCAUUGAACACAUCACCAAGCUCAUCACUAUCAACGAGGCCGUGGUGGACACCAGCGAGAUAGACAGCGUGAAGCCCCGGAGGAGCUCGCUGUCACGGCGCAGCAGCAUGGAGUCACCGAAAUCCAGCCUCUACCGGGAGCCUCUGUCAUCCCACAGCGAGAAAACGAAGCCGGAACAAUCACUGCUGAGCCUCCAGCACCCGCCCAGCACCACUCCCCCUGUGCCUCUGCUGAGAAGCCACUCAAUGCCUUCUGCCGCCUGCACCCUCAGUACCCCUCACCACACCUUCCGCGGUAGCUACUCCUUCGACGACCACAUCACCGACUCCGAAGCCCUGAGCCGCAGCAGUCAAGUGUUUACCUCCCACCCCCGGAUGCUCAAGCGUCAGCCGGCCAUUGAACUACCUUUGGGAGGGGAGUACAGUUCCGAGGAGGCAGGGCCAAGUAGCAAAGACACAGCCCCCAAACCCGCAGACGAGCCGGAACCCAAGGAAAGCGAACUCACCAAAAAGACCAAGAAGGGCUUGAAAACAAAAGGGGUGACCUAUGAAUGUAACAUAUGUGGUGCUCGGUACAAGAAAAGGGACAACUAUGAGGCCCAUAAGAAAUACUACUGCUCAGAGCUUCAGAUUGCAAAGCCCGCCUCUGCAGGUGCUCACGCAUCUCCGGAAGCCGAGAAGAGUCAGGCUGAGCACGAGCCCUGGUCCCAGAUGAUGCAUUACAAACUGGGGACUACCUUGGAGCUCACUCCACUGAGGAAGAGGAGGAAAGAAAAGAGCCUUGGGGACGAGGAGGAGCCACCUGCCUUUGAGCUGACAAAGAGUCAGUUUGGCAGCCCCAGGCCGUCUGAUGCUGCUCGGAACCUUCCCUCAGAAUCCACCAAGUCACCAGCAGAACCGAGUAAGUCAGUGUCCUCCUUGGAGGGACCCUCAGGCUUCCAGCCAAGGACUCCCAAGCCAGGGUCUGGUUCUGAAUCAGGGAAGGAGAGGAGAACAACGUCCAAAGAAAUUUCUGUCAUUCAGCAUACCAGCUCCUUUGAGAAGUCCGACUCUCUGGAGCAGCCCAGUGGCUUGGAAGGGGAAGACAAGCCUCCAGCCCCGUUCUCAUCACCCGCGCCCGCCCCGCAUGGACGCUUGGCUCACUCUCUGCAGCCCAAGUUGGUCCGCCAGCCCAACAUUCAGGUUCCUGAGAUCCUGGUGACCGAGGAGCCCGACCGGCAGGACACAGAGCCAGAGCCACCUCCCAAGGAGCCUGAGAAGACAGAGGAGUUCCAGUGGCCCCAGCGCAGCCAGACGCUCGCCCAGCUCCCAGCCGAGAAACUGCCACCCAAGAAGAAGAGACUUCGCCUGGCGGAGAUGGCGCAGUCAUCGGGGGAGUCCAGCUUCGAGUCCUCCGUGCCUCUGUCCCGCAGCCCAAGCCAGGAAAGUGGUGUCUCUCUGAGCGGGUCCAGCCGCUCGGCGUCCUUUGAGAGGGACGACCACGGAAAAUCCGAGGCCGCCGGGCCCUCAUCUGACACACGCUCCAAAGCCUUGGGCACUCACAUGCUGACCGUCCCCAGCCACCACCCGCACGCCCGAGAGAUGCGGCGGUCAGCCUCAGAGCAGAGCCCUAACAUUUCCCAUGCCACCCACAUGACCGAGACACGCAGCAAAUCAUUCGAUUAUGGCAGCUUGUCCUUGACAGGCCCUUCUGCACCGGCCGCAGUGGCUCCAGCAGCCCCAGUGGCCCCACCAGAGAGAAGAAAAUGCUUUUUGGUGAGACAGGCCUCUCUGAGCAGGCCUCCAGAACCAGAGCCAGAGGCUGCCCCCAAAGGAAGACAGGAGAGUGAGGAACCAAAGGCCUCAUCCAGUAAACCUUCAGCCAAAAGCUCAUUGCCCCAGAUUUCUUCAGUGGCCACCUCACACAGUGGGUACCCGGGAAGCAAGAGCCAGGUACAGGACAGACCCCCGCUGGGGUCCACUCCACCCUACACAGAAGCACUGCAGGUUCUCCACCACCCCAUUGCCCAGCUCCCCUUGCAUGAGAAACCAUACCUGCCCCCACCUGUCUCCCUUUUCUCCUUCCAGCACCUCUUACAGCACGAGCCAGGACAGUCUUCAGAAUUCUUCUCUACUCAGGCCAUGUCCAGCCUCCUCUCCUCACCAUACUCCAUGCCCCCUCUUCCUCCCUCCUUAUUUCAAGCCCCGCCACUUCCUCUCCAACCUACCGUUCUGCACCCAGGUCAUCUCCCCCUCCCCCAGCUCAUGCCUCACCCGGCCAACAUCCCCUUCCGGCAGCCCCCUUCAUUUCUUCCCAUGCCAUACCCGGCCUCCUCAGCCCUCUCUUCCGGGUUUUUCCUGCCUCUGCAAUCCCAGUUCACCCUUCAGCUCCCAGGUGAUGUGGAAAGCCAUCUGCCACAGAUCAAAACCAGCCCGGCCCCACUGGCAACAGGAACCGCUGGCCUCUCCUCCAGCACAGAGUAUAGCAGUGACAUCCAGCUGCCCCCCGUGGCUCCCCCAUCCAGCUCCUCAGCACCCACAUCAGCACCCCCGCUGGCCCUGCCUGCCUGUCCAGACACCAUGGUGUCCCUCGUUGUGCCUGUCCGAAUUCAGACCAACAUGCCGUCCUACGGGAGUGCCAUGUACACCACUCUCUCCCAGAUCCUAGUCACCCAGUCCCAAGGCAGCUCAGCCACUGUGGCUCUUCCCAAGUUUGAGGAGCCCCCAUGCAAAGGAACAAUGGUGUGUGGGGCAGAUGUAUACCCCGGACUGGCCGGGGUAAGUGAAGAGCAGAGCAGAAGUUUCCAGACUCCAUACCUGAGAGUGCCUGUGACAUUACCUGAAAGGAAAGGCACUUCCCUGUCACCAGAGAGUGUCUUGAGCCCGGAGGGGAGUUCAUCAACAGUGGGAGGAAGCAAACGCGUCCUUUCACCAGCCGGCAGCCUUGAACUUACCAUGGAAACCCAGCAGCAAAAAAGGGUGAAGGAAGAGGAGGCUUCCAAGGCAGAUGAAAAACUAGAGCUGGUAAAACCAUGCAGUGUGGUGCUUACCAGCACUGAGGAUGGCAAGAGACCAGAGAAAUCCCACUUGGGAAGCCAGGGCCAGGGCAGGCGGGAGCUAGAGUCACUGUCCAGCCUGCCCUCAGAUUCAUCUGACCCAAAGGAAAUACCUUCCCUUCCUCACCCCACACUAUCCCAUGCGACAGCCCCAGGCUCAGAAGCUUUGAAGGAAUAUGCCCAGCCAUCUGGUAAACCUCACCGAAGAGUAUUGCCUCCACUAAGUGUGAAGAAAGAAGAUUCCAAGGAACAACCUGACCUCCCUUCACUGGCACCUCCAAGCUCACUUCCUCUGUCAGAAACGUCCCCCAGACCAGCCAAGUCGCAAGAAGGUACGGACUCAAAGAAGGUACUGCAGUUCCCCAGCCUCCACACGACCACUAAUGUCAGUUGGUGCUAUUUAAACUACAUUAAGCCAAAUCACAUCCAGCAUGCAGAUAGGAGGUCCUCUGUUUACGCUGGUUGGUGCAUAAGUUUGUACAACCCCAACCUUCCGGGGGUUUCCACUAAAGCUGCUUUGUCCCUCCUGAGGUCUAAGCAGAAGGUGAGCAAAGAGACAUACACCAUGGCCACAGCUCCACAUCCUGAGACAGGAAGGCUCGUGCCAUCCAGCUCCCGCAAGCCCCGCAUGACAGAGGUUCACCUCCCUUCGCUGGUUUCCCCGGAAGGCCAGAAAGAUAUAGCUAGAGUGGAGAAGGAAGAAGAGAAGCGAGGGAAGCCGGAGGAAGACGCUCCUGCCUCCAAGAGAGGGGAGCCGGCGAGGAUCAAAAUCUUCGAAGGAGGGUACAAAUCAAACGAAGAGUAUGUAUAUGUGCGAGGCCGCGGCCGAGGGAAAUAUGUUUGUGAGGAGUGUGGAAUUCGCUGCAAGAAGCCCAGCAUGCUGAAGAAACACAUCCGCACCCACACUGACGUCCGGCCCUAUGUGUGCAAGCACUGUCACUUUGCUUUUAAAACCAAAGGGAAUCUGACUAAGCACAUGAAGUCGAAGGCCCACAGCAAAAAGUGCCAAGAGACGGGGGUGCUGGAGGAGCUGGAAGCCGAAGAAGGAACCAGUGACGACCCGUUCCAGGACUCGGAAGGGCGAGAGGGCUCGGAGGCUGUGGCACAGCAUCAGUUUUCAGACCUGGAGGACUCGGACUCAGACUCAGACCUGGAUGAAGAUGAGGAUGAGGAUGAGGAGAGCCAGGACGAGCCGUCGUCAGAGGCACCCCUGCCCGGCCCACCGGCCACGCUGCCAGCAGACUCUUCACCUGUUCAGGGCUCUCAGUCCCCAGAUGCCACCUCUGGCAACCAGGCCACGCAGGGAGGCUCAGUCUCAGAAGCCGAGCACUUGGCAGCUGGCGGUUGUUCCAAGUCCAGCCAAAGCAUCCUGUGCCUCCCCCACCUGGGACGGGCCCCUUCGAGCCCCAAGGAGAAGGACACAAGCUCAGCGAUGAGCGCCAAAGCCUUGUCCCCAAGAAGGCCGUGGUCCCCGGGCAAAGAAGCAGGCAGCCGCCCACCACUUGCCCACAAACACUCACUAACCAAAAGCGAAUCGUCUCCCCAGCGACAUUCACCGGCCCGAGAGCCACAGGCCUCCGCCCCAAGCCCAGCCGGCUCCCAGACAGGCCCUCUCCCUUGUGGGUCUCCAAGACUUGAGCUGUCUCCUCUCACCUCCCGCCCCCUGGGAAGGGAACCGCCCCCUCGAGCACAUCUGCUCCCCGAACCCGAGGGUGCCACAGACCCAGGCCUCCCCAGACACUCGCCCACCAGGAGACAGUCUCCCGGCCAGGCCGAGUCACCACCACGGUCAGUGCUGCCAGGGAAGUGGGCCUUGGCUGGGCCAGGCAGCCCCUCAGCCGGCGAGUGCGGCCCAAGCUCCGGGCUGGCCCCGCGGGCUCUCUACCGGCCCACGCCUCUACCUCACAAGCUUCUCGGCAGGAGCCCCGAGACCAGCGCCUCCACCUGGAAGGCCGAGUCCCGAAGUCCCUCCUACUCACCUGGCCCUGUUCAUCCUGUCUCCUCUCGACCCUUCUGCGCCCCCCAUGACUUCCAUGGCCACGUCCCGGCCCGGACAGAGAACAUCUUCAGCCACCUUCCUCUGCACUCGCAGCACUUGGUCCGAGCCCCAUGCCCCCUGAUUCCCAUCGGUGGCAUCCAGAUGGUGCAGGCCCGGCCUGGGGCCCACCCCACCCUGCUGCCAGGGCCCAUGGCAGCCUGGGUCAGUGGCUUCUCCGGGGGUGGCAGCGACCUGACAGGGGCCCGGGAGGCCCAGGAGCGAGGCCGCUGGAGUCCCACCGAGAGCUCAUCAGCCUCUGUGUCCCCCGUGGCUAAGGUGUCCAAGUUCACACUGUCCUUGGAGCUGGAGGACAGGGACUAUCCCAAGGAGAGGGAGAGGACGAGCGGGGGCCUAAGCAGACCUCCCAGCUGGGAGCCCUGUGGGGCUGACGUGUCCACAGAGCCCGCGCCCAUGCACAGCCCCCACACUCCACCCGAGGCCUCGCCCCGGCCACCCCAGGGCCGCCGGGCAGAGUCCUGGAGCCCCCACGUGGCGUCACCACACACGUUGGCCAACCCCGGGGCCUCUGCCGCCCCACCACUGGACCGCAGCAGUUCCGUGGGCUGCCUGGCAGAGGCGUCCACUUGCUUCCCAGCCCGGAGGAGGAACCUCUCUGGGGAACCCAGGACCAGUCAGGGCUCCCCUGAGCCCUCAGGAAGUGGGGGGCCUGGGGCACCUCCACACCAGCCCGAGGACAGGGGCCCCCUGAGCACUUAGCCUCUCUCCGACCGCUUCAGCAUCUGGCUUCUGGUGUUCGGCAACAGACGCUUCCAGCCAACUUCCUCGAAUCAUCUUACUCUCAUGGGCUCCCUCUUCCAUCUGUCCGUCUGUCCAAGCAGCUUCUGUUCAGCCCCCGUCAGUUAUAUCUUCCCAUGUAUGCAGUUACCUGUGCCUUUUUCUAUACCUUUUGUUGCUUGAAAAGAAACAAAACAUACACACACACAAGAAACCCCACGAGGAGUUUGAGGCUGUGAAUAUUUUGUGCUUUUUUGGGAAAGGGUGUAGGUGGGGCCUCACCUUCCACCACUGGGGUCAGCAGCCAGCCCCCACCCCCACCCCCACGGCUGGCAAGAGGUGGCCAUCUGCUGAGGGAAAGAGAUGCACUGAGAGAGAAAACUAAAAACAAGGAACUUUUAAAAAUAUAUAAUUAAAUGUAAACGCAAGCACUCCUAUGUAUAGAUGUUUAUGUCCAGUUUAUUGCCACUUUAUCCCACCCCAGCUGGUGGCCAGCCCCUCGCUGACAGCAGAAGGGCCUGUGGCCCCAGGCAGAGGGCCACAGACACAGGCAGGGAGACCCCACUCAUCCUCCACAGGCAGGCUCCCACUUUCUUUUCCCAAGAAAAUAUUACUUUUGCUAGGAUUUCAACACAACACAAUAGGAGCAGGGAGAAGAUAGGAACUGGUUGGUUCUUCCAGGGCUCCCAGAUACCCAGGUGGUCUGAGCUGUGGACCCAUCCUGGCUUUUGACCAAUGGACAUCGCCCCACCUCUGCACCCCCACCUCCAGCCCCUGGGCUGGGAAAGGAGCCCUGACCAUCCAUCUCCCAGUUCCUGAGCACCUGAUCUAGGCCUUGCUCUUUGGGCCCCAGCCACAGGCUGCCUUCCUUGUUCUAGAAACUACCCACAAGGCUGGUGUGGCAGGGCCCAGCCCCUAGGGGUCAAGAUCCAAGGUGCAUAGCCUUGCUGUUCCUGAGGCUUGGGCUUGGGUUUUGUUUCACGUUCGGUCCCUAGAGUACAAGGAGCCCUUUUCCCUCCAGGGCUGGGCUUGUCCAGGGCUUGGCACUGGAAGUUUGCAUGGACCCGUGUCUGUACCUCUUUGAAGCAGGACUGAUUCCGCCACCACCCGCCACACUGAUAGGCCUCCACAACCCUCAGGAAGUACCCAGAACAUGACUAGUGAGCACUGCCCAAUCCUGUUUAUUCUUUUACAUCUCUCUGAAAACAAAACAAAAAACAAAACUACAUAGAGAGAGAGAGAGAGAGAGAGAGAAGGCUGUUUGGUACACCCCCGCCUCCUCACCGUCUCUUGACCUAGAGGACUUUACCUGUCCUACCCGUAAGUCAUGUAAAUUCUCCGUAACACUCAGUACUAGCCAGUGCCUCCACCCUCAUCGCCAUCUCCUCCUUUAAGAAGCUGCCCUGCGAUUGCUUGGGCAAAAAGCUGCUUUGUAAGAAAAAUAAUACGACCAGAAAUUAAAAUCCCAAGUUGAAAAAUGGAAUUUGAACUCUAGCAUGUUUACCCUGCCAUGGGAGAGGUGGAUUUCCCCCUAACCUUCCAGAAAUUAUUUUCUUUAGUUUCUACAAGGGGGAGAAAGCAUGUGUCCCCCUCGCCCGCCCCAGGCUGGGUGCUAAGGCCACCUUACAGAGCAGGGUCCUCUCUGGCUGGCCCCCAGUCCUCAACCAGGCGGUAGGAAUCCUGAGCUGUUGUUUAGAUGGAACGCCACCAGGUAGGGAGGGUUGAGGCACUUCUGUGAGCUCCCCAAACUCUGCCACAAUUCCGGCCUCCUCCAGUUCAGGACCUCUGCUUGCUCAGACUCUGCUGAGUGGACCAACCGGUCACUGGGCCAGUCUCCAGCCAGAACAGCUUAUUCAUUUUCCUUUGACCUCACUCAGAGCCAAGACAAAAUGGGGACAACAGGGAAAGGGUCUCCCCCCACCCCCACCCCAGGGCUCCAAGGUGCUGGGGAUGGGGUUAGCAAGCAACUCCUGGCUGCCUGACCCAGAGUUUGGGGCUCCCUGGGCGAAGGCCAGCAGGCUGGGCCCUGACCAUACUGGCACUGUUUGGGGGCCUGACAGGAAGCGGGAAGGAGCCUGGCCCCAAUCACAUCCCAGGCCAGAGGCCAGGGCUUUCUUCACCCUCGCCUUUCAGUCCUACCCCAUAGGGCUGCUCAAGGAUGAGAGACCUUGAGUGCGGAGGUCUGGGUGCUGGGUAAAGGGCACUGCUUCAGCUCAGGUUUGAAAUCUUCCUGGGCAUGAUCUUCUAGCCCCAGGUCUACAAAGCCGCAGACUGGGCCCUCUGCUGAACCAGCCCCUGACCUUGGAGGUGGCCAUGCCCUUCGACCCAGCCCUGUACCCCUAGCUCUCCUGGCCAUAUUCCCCCAGUACUCAGACAGCCCACCCACUAAGGUUUCCCUCCUGGAAGGCAUAAUCAUGGGUGGUGUGGCCAGCAGCGGAGAGUCCUUGAGGUCCCUUAAGCCACAGGCACAGGCAGAGAGAGGGGACUGACACCAGGAGUCACUGGAGACCAUUUCUCAAUGACAGGGACAUGGUGCACAAACAAUCUGGCCUAAGGGCUCCUGCCCCACACAGUACCCAGGGGGAUGAAAUCAAUGCCACCAGUCUGGGUGGCACAUCACUGGGCACAGCUCUCGCCCCCUCUGCCAGACUCUAUUCCCACUCCCCUGAGCACAAGCCCCAGCCUGCACACACAUCUUCAUACUUUGGAAGAAGACUCUCAUUUCAUGCCCUCCACAGGACCCCUGCCCUGCUCCCAACCACUUCCACGUUUCUAGUUUGCCUGUGACACUGUUGUACCUGGAGAAAGCAGUGCUGACUGGUUGGCACGGACACUUGUUGCGUGCUCUGUUGAAAUGUGCGGGAUGGCCAUUCCUUAGCGUAGGCCCACUCUGGUCCUUGGGUAUUGACAGUCGGGUAGAAACAACUUGCCGAGGUUUCAGAGCCAACCGUUGCCUUCUAUUGUGGGGAUUCCAAGCCUCUUGCCCCCACGCCCACCCUCCAGCAUGCUCUUUCACCACAGGCAAGCUGAGGGUUAUUCUGGAUACUAACCCCAUUCUCUUGGAGGCCCCUUUCUCCAGCCCUACCCCCUCCCCAUGGCUUACACUCUGACCCCAACCACUGAGACCUUCCAGGAGCCCAAGAGACGUGAACUGCCCACUCUCCCACCUCCAUCACCUCCAACUUCCUGACCCAGAAGUCCCUCUACCUCCCUCUGUGGGAAAAGUCUGAAAGACUUCGUGUCCAGAUUCCUUUAGUCCCUACUCCAUUCCCACCGGCCCUGUUGAAUAGGGACAAGCAAUAUAUCUGAAGUGAAUUGCCCUCCAGUCAUCUUUUCAGACAAAUCCUUCUUAAAGUGAAAGUCCUGCCUGGGCAGCCAUCCAUGGAGACACAUCUGUAAGCUGUGAUCAAGAGGAGAAAGUUCCCAAAGGCCUGUUCCACAAAUUCUGCUUCUGUGUCGUGAAUCCAGUCCACUUUCCAUUAGAAAACUGCUUCGGCACUUACGAUCACUUUAUUAAGCCUAGUGUUAAAAAUAAAAAAGAAGAGAAAACAGAAAAAAAAAAAAAGAAACGUGUAGGCAAAUGUAAGAUACACGCUCUCUGUAAGAUAAAUAUUUGCCUUUUUUUCUAAAAGGUGUAUGUAUUCUGUCUGUGAAAUUGUCUGUAGAGAGUUUCUAUGUUCUUAAAUGGCAAUACAUUCCAAAAAUCGUACUGUAGAUAUGUACAGCAACCACACUGGGACGGGGUAGUUUUGCCUGUAAUUUUAUUUAAACUCCAGUUUCUAUUACUUGCAUCUUGCAAUGUCGGUAUGGUAUAUAUCAGUGCAAAAGAAAAAAAAAAAAAAACAACAAAAAAUCCAUGCAGGUCUAAAGCACAGAGUCUGACGUACAAAAGGAAAAAAAAAACGCUCAGUAUUGAUGUGUGUGACCUUUGUUGUAAAUUACAUCUGUACUGUGAAUGAGAAGUUUUUACAAGUAUAAUAAUUGCCUUUAUUACAGCUCUGGUUGAGUGUUCAGCCCGAGGAUAUUUUUAAAAAAAAAA